CUGGAUGUACAAGUGUCGCGACAGUUGUUGAAACUGCAUUCCGGGGGAAGUCAUUUUGAUUCUGCGCUUCAUAUCCACGCUAUGACAGCAUACGCUUGACUAGAGCCAAAAUGGCGUCAGUUUCCCCGAUUCUAGUUGCAACUCCCUUCUUUCCCAUUCCCUCGGUUAAUGAUGGCGUCCCACAGUACAGGGGGCAGGGUGUCUUGCGGGAGAGAUUUGAAUUGUGUGCCCGAGGUUGCUGACACACUUGCAGCGGUCGCUAAACUUGGGUUUGACUUCUUGUGCAUGCCCCUCUUCCACCCGAGGUUCAGGAGGGAGUUUGAGUUGGAUCCCGCCAAAUUCCGAUCUGGAGCACAUACACGCUCCGACCUGCUACUUUGUGGGCGAGACUGGAACACUCUGGUUGUUGGAAAGCUUUCUCCGUGGAUCGAGACAGACUCCGAGGUGGAGACGGAGCGCAGGAAUUCAGAAGCGGCUCUGGUCCAGGAGCUGAACUUCUCAGCGUAUCUGGGUCUGCCAGCCUUUAUGAUCCCUCUGAAGGGCCCUCAUUGUGCCAACCUGGCCCGUGUGCUGCUCAACCACAUCCAGACUGGACACCACUCCUGCAUGUUCUGGAUCCGGGUCCCCCUGAUUUCCUCUGAUGAUAUGCGUGAUGACAUCAUCGAGAAUGAGCAAACGAAACACACAGAUGAUGGCAGUAAUGACGAGAAGACCUGGGCCUGGUGGCAUUCAUUCAGAACUCUUUGUGACUACAACAAGAGAAUCUGUUUAGCCAUUGAGGUUGGAGCAAACAUGCCCACCAACGCUGUGAUCGACAAGUGGCUUGGAGAGCCAAUUAAAGCAGCUAUUCUUCCCACCAGUAUCUUUCUGACCAAUAAAAAAGGGUUCCCAGUCCUUUCAAAAGCCCACCAGCAAAUCAUCUUCCGUCUAUUCAAGCUUGAGGCUCAGUUCAUCUUCACUGGCACCAGUCGUCACAGUGAGAAGGACUUCCGCUCUUACUUGCAGUACCUUGAAUACCUCAACCAGAACCGCCCUGCCCCCAAUGCCUAUGAACUGUUCGCCAAAGGUUACGAGGAUUACCUACAGUCUCCUCUUCAGCCUCUCAUGGACAAUCUUGAGUCUCAGACAUAUGAAGUGUUUGAGAAGGAUCCCAUCAAAUACUCCCAGUACCAGCAGGCUGUGUAUAAGUGUUUAAUGGACAGAGUCCCGGAGGAGCAGAAGGAGACCAAUACACAGGUGUUGAUGGUGCUGGGUGCUGGGAGAGGUCCUUUGGUCAAUGCCUCCCUGCGGGCCGCCAAGCAGGCUGACAGAAGGCUCCGUAUCUACGCUGUUGAGAAGAACCCCAACGCUGUCGUAACGCUUGAGAACUGGAAGUUUGAGGAGUGGGGUGAUCAGGUGACCGUAGUGUCAUGUGACAUGAGGGAGUGGGCGGCACCUGAGAAGGCAGACAUCAUCGUCAGCGAGCUGCUCGGGUCCUUCGGGGACAAUGAGCUGUCCCCAGAGUGUUUAGAUGGAGCACAGAACUUUCUCAAAGAUGGUGGGGUGAGCAUCCCCUGUUCCUACACCUCCUUCCUGGCCCCCCUCUCUUCCUCCAAGCUGUAUAACGAGGUCCGGGGGUGCAGGGAGCGGGACAAGGACCCUGAGUGCCACUUUGAGACCCCUUACGUAGUCCGACUCCACAACUUCCACCAGCUGGCUGAGCCCAAGGCCUGCUUCACCUUCAUUCACCCGACCGCAGAUAUGAACAACAACCGGUAUCAGUGCCUCAGAUUCUCUGUGGGGUGUAACACAGUGUUGCAUGGCUUUGCUGGAUACUUUGAGACCACACUCUACGGAGAUGUCACACUCAGUAUCAAGCCAGAGACCCACUCUCCUGGAAUGUUCUCCUGGUUCCCCAUCCUCUUCCCUCUCAAACAACCGAUCCCUGUGACGAAGGAUGAUGACGUCGUGGUGAGGUUCUGGAGGUGUAACAAUGGGAAGAAGGUGUGGUACGAAUGGGCCGUGACAGAGCCCUCAUGCUCCGCUAUCCACAACCCAGCAGGACGAUCCUACACCAUCGGCCUGUGAAGAUCUCACACCCACAUACACACACACAUGCAUACAGACGCAAUUAAACAGGCACUUAGUUGCAAAUGAAGUUGAGGUAGUCUUGCUCAAAAGGUCUAGCAUUUUACCUAUUCACAUGUAAUCAUGAGCCUGCUCAUACCAUGAAACCUACAGACCAGGGUCACAGUGAGGGUUUAGAAACCUACAGACCAGGGUCACAGUGAGGGUUUAGAAACCUACAGACCAGGGCCAAAUUGAAGGUUUAGAAACCUACAGACCAGGGUCACAGUGAGGGUUUAGAAACCUACAGACCAGGGUCACAGUGAGGGUUUAGAAACCUACAGACCAGGGCCAAAUUGAAGGUUUAGAAACCUACAGACCAGGGUCACAGUGAGGGUUUAGAAACCUACAGACCAGGGCCAAAUUGAAGGUUUAGAAACCUAUAGACCAGGGUCACAGUGAGGGUUUAGAAACCUACAGACCAGGGCCAAAUUGAAGGUUUAGAAACCUACAGACCAAGGUCACAGUGAGGGUUUAGAAUCCUACAGACCAGGGUCACAGUGAGGGUUUAGAAACCUACAGACCAGGGUCAAAUUGAAGGUUUAGAAACCUACAGACUAGGGUCACAGUGAGGGUUUAGAAACCUACAGACCAGGGUCACAGUGAGGGUUUAGAAACCUACAGACCAGGGUCACAGUGAGGCUUUAGAGCUGGGAAUAAGAACCCAAUCAAUGGUUUAGAUGGGACCGAUUUGAGGCUGUUAAUUUACAGUAUAGUUAGGAGUCAGUUUCAGGCAUGGACUAUCAUCCACAUACAUUCCCAUACCUAUUGAAUUUAAGUUACUUAUUUUGCCGGCAGUCAAGAGACCCCCAAUGGCAGUAUUCAGACAGGCAGCUGAAUUUUUAUAUUUUUUUCACUAAUUGUUCUUUUGACCAAUCAUAUCAUCUAUGAAAAAUAUCUGAUGUGAUUGGUCAAAAGACCUAUUCCAUACUAUAACGAAUCGAUGAAAUGGCUCUAAAUUGUAACUCGACACACUUAAACUGGUUACAACUCCGAUACAGCAGUGUGUAGGAGAUGGGCUGUUCAGGUCAUAUGUUUUUCAGGUGUUCAUUUCUUUUUGUUACGUUUGUCGGAUCCAUAUUGUCAAUAAAGACAAUUAUUAGCAA